CGCGGCAGCAGCUCCCCGCGGAGGCCGCCGUCCCGCUGUCGGGAGGCUCCGAGGCGCGGGACACGCCCGGGCGCCCAGCCCGGCAGCGCAGCGCAACGGGGUUGGCCGCUCUCGUCCAGCCGCUCGGGGCCGGACGACGCCUCCGGCCCGCGGGCUGCCUCCCCGUCGCUGACAGGACCGCGCCCGCCCCGCUCCUGGUCCUGUCAGGCGGGCGGGCGUCCCCGCCCCUGCCAGGCGGUCCCGCGCCGGUCGCCGCGCCAGGCGGAGGCGGUAGUAAAGCCUCGGCGGGGUCCGCACUUUGCUACCCCAGCGCCGGGUCCAGCCCCUCCGCAGCGAGCCGGGGCCUCCCGCCUCCUUCCCGUGGGAGCAGGAUGCGGAGCCUGGUGGUCGCCGCUUUCCUUCUGCAGAGCGUCGCCGGUUCGGGCGCGUUCCCCAGAGAGAGGAGAAAUGUGGACCCUGAAACGAACAUGAACAUUAGUCAAAUUAUUACCUUCAGGGGAUACCCUAGUGAGGAAUAUGAAGUAACAACAGAAGAUGGCUACAUCCUUUCCAUUAAUAGAAUUCCUUAUGGAAGAAAAGGCCUUGACAGGAGCAAAGGUCCAAGGCCUGUUGUGUUUCUGCAGCAUGGUUUGCUUGCAGAUGCCAGCAAUUGGAUCACAAACCUGGAUUACAAUAGCCUUGGCUUUAUGCUGGCAGAUGCUGGCUAUGAUGUAUGGUUGGGAAACAGCAGAGGGAACACCUGGUCCAGGAAACAUACACACUUCACAGUGAAGCAAGAAGAAUUCUGGGUUUUCAGCUUUGAUGAAAUGGCUAAGUAUGACAUUCCAGCCUCAGUGGACUUCAUUUUGAAGAAGACUGGCCAGGAACAAGUAUUUUACAUUGGCCAUUCACAGGGCACCACAAUGGCUUUCAUUGCUUUUUCAACUUUGCCACAGCUGGCUAAGAAAAUAAAAAUGUUCUUUGCCUUGGCACCAGUAGCUACAGUCAAGUUUGCCACUAGCCCUCUGGCAAAAUUGGGAGUGUUUCCUGACCUGCUACUGAAGGACAUGUUUGGAAAGAAACAGUUCCUCCCUCAGAAUUUUUUGCUGAAGUGGCUUGCUACCCACGUUUGCACCCACAGAAUACUUGAUGACCUUUGCGGCAACAUAUUCUUUCUUCUGUGUGGUUUUAAUGAGAGAAACUUGAAUAUGAGCCGAGUGGAUGUGUAUUCAACUCACUGCCCUGCUGGGACAUCUGUACAGAACAUGAUCCACUGGAGCCAGGCUGUGAAGACUGGGGAACUCAAAGCUUAUGACUGGGGAAGCAAGGCUGCAAAUAUGGCUCACUAUAACCAGUCUACUCCCCCUUUUUACAAAAUAAAGGAGAUGACGGUACCAACCGCGGUGUGGACUGGUGGACAGGACUGGCUGGCAGACCCGAAGGAUGUUGCUAUGCUGCUCACUCAGAUCACAAACUUGGUUUACCACAAAAGCAUUCCAGAAUGGGAACAUUUGGAUUUCAUCUGGGGCCUUGAUGCUCCUUACCGCAUGUAUAAUGAAAUAAUUAACAUGAUGAGGAAGUAUCUCUAAACCAGCUUGGUGUUUCAUAGUAUUAGUUCACAAAUAAUUAAUCUUUUUUGGAAAAUAUGCUCUUCUGGUAAUGCUACAUUGUUUAUUUAUGGUGCAUUUUUAAAAUGCCAGCAAUGACUACUCUAUUGGAUUAAUAGUUGGUUUGUUUUUCUCAGUAUUACUUCUCUCUCCUACAGAAAUCCUCAGUAUAACCUGCUGAUUUUGCACACAGUGGCAUGAUACUGAAAAAAAAAAAAAAAAAAAAAAAGAAAAAGCAGUGUGACUUUGCACAAAAGGAAUAUGUCAUGUGGAUAUCAACUUAGUGACAUGUCUGAAAGACAAGUUAAUCCAUUCAGCACCUUAGGUGCUUGACAAUUAAAAAAAAAUAUUUCACUGUGCAUAAAACACUGCCAUUUCUUAGUAUGUUGCCAUUUCCUGGUACCUUUCUGAAGUACUCCUUGUACUGCAGUGACCCAGUUGGUGCUGGUACUUUAAAAAGCACUUAGUGACUUUUUGCUGCAUUAUUGUUUUAGUCAUCACAUGCAAGCUAGUUACAUCAAAUUACUUUCUUUAUCAAUAUGGCUCAGAAAAACUGUCAUGAAGCCAGAGAAGAUCACCACUGCCAGUUGAAAUCUCCUAUUUUGGGACUGAUGCAUUGCUGCAUUUUUCUUGGUUUAAUGGUAUCCCUGAAGCCUUUCAUGUUUCCCAUACCAGCUAUGAAUAAGAAUCCUUAUUUGCUCUGGCAGAUUCCUGGAACAAGAGAAAUGGUUAAAAGACAUACCACUUUCAGUUAGCUUUGACAAUAGGUUAUGGCUUUCAAGGAGAAUGAUGUAACAUACUUAGUGUUUUGUUUUCUUUGCACUGACCACUAGAAAACAAGCUCCCUCUGUAUACUACUGGAGGGGGGAGCCAAAACAUUAGUUCUGUAGCUUGAGUAACUUAAUUUGCCUGGAAUUUUCCCCUUAAUCUUCUGCUGCUUUGAAGAUCUGUUUAUUUUUAGCUGCUUAUGUGGUGCUUGCCACCACUGUGUUCAGGAGCUGUGUAACAACACUCUGGUGAAGCCUGGCAGUAUUACAGCAAUUUCUAUGUGUCUUAGUUUCCACUUAAAAAUGGGGCUAAUCCCCCAUUUAAAGGGAGGAGAGGAUUCACAUCUGCUUCAGGGGUGUGAAGCCUCGUAGGCUCCAAAGUAGCCUUGUAGGUGCCUUGAUCUCUCAAUUGACUAAGCAGAGGCUUUGGACUUCUCUGAAUUGCAUAUAUGUUCCAUGCCAAAUGUAGAUGUAUGAACAAUCUCCAGGUCAGUUUCCUCAGUCCAGACGAUAGUUUUUGUGGCAUGGUUGGAUUUAACCCAGGUUUCUAACAGUAAUCCCAGCAGGAUAAAAAACCUUUUCUACAUGGCAUAGAAAAUAGUGCAUUCUAAACCAAAGCAAAAGUUUUAGGGUUUUUUUGUAAGAAAAAAAAUUCAAGAAGAUACAUGAGCCAUAAAUCAGGGUGGUUUGUUUUUUUAUAUUUUUUAUUUUUUUUUUUAAAUUAUUAUUAAUGAUUCAGACUCAGGGAAUCUUCAGGCUUUGUUUAAGGAAAAAGCAGUUCAUGGUAUUUCGGUUGCAAUUCCUAGCAGGACCUCUUUGUAGCACCCAUAUUUGCUUUACCUUGCUGUACUGAAAGGAAGUUUCUUUAGGAAUCCAAAGUGGCUAACUUAGCAGUUGUGAGGGUAUGUGAUACAGUAAAAGCCAUGUGCAUCAUGUUUAUUAAGCCCGAAAUAUUUCAAUAAACAUGAAACCUGCUUGGAGAUUGAA